AUGAAACAAGAACAUGUUCUCAUAUUUGGCGGCAAUGGAAGAAUUGCCCGCUCUAUGACUGCAUUGAUGCUUGCCAGGUCAUGGAAAGUAACAAGUACCAUCCGGAAUAUCCACCAGAAAGACAAUCUCAUCCAGAUAGGCAAAAGUCAACCAGGAAGCAUCAAUGUCCUAAAUCUCGACCUGAGAAACCUCGAAACCUCAGACGACGCGAAGAAAAUUAUCGAGACUGUCAAACCAACAAUUGUUGUGUUUGCAGCAGGUUCAUUCCCGAACACCUACACCAUCGACCGCAACGCAGCCCAAAGAAUAAUCAAAGCCUCCACCGAGACCCCACACGUCAAAAAGUUCCUAAUGAUAUCAUUCCCCUCCUCGCGAAGAAAUGCCGCACCGUGGUGGGGAAAACAAGACGUUCAAAACUGGCAGAAAGAGAUAUCUUCGUACCCUGAUAUCGCAGAUGCCAAGAUCCAAGCUGACGAGUAUCUCGUAGCUAUGGCUGAAGCCCGGGAAUUACGCCUUGGGUUACCUUUUCAGGCAAUCAGCUUGCGACCAAGUUGGCUUUUGACAGGGCCGUCCACAGGGCGGGUCAAGCUAGGAAGGACCCCGACGUUGGGUCAGGUCAAGAUCUUGGAUGUUGCUGCUGUAGCAACUAGUCUACUUGCUCGCGAUGAUACAAAUGGAUGGUAUGAUUUGGUUCAGGGUGAUGAUUGUAUUGAACAUGCAGUGGAGAUGUGUGUGAAAGAGGGGAUUGAUUGUUUUGAAGGGGAAGAUUUGCAGCGUAUCUGA